ACCCUCCGGCUGGUUCCGGGUAUCAAUUCUGUGGCGGGAAAAACGGCCUCUCCUGUGGCAGAGGUCGCCAGUCCUGCGUGGUAGCUCUUCGCGCCCGAAAUGGAGACGCAGUCCGAGGAGCAAGCCGUCACCAAGCCUGCGGACUCCGGAGGGGAAGGCGAGCCGCCGCAGGUCGCCGGCGCCCAGGCGGCGCGGCCGGAGGACCGCAUGACCCUGCUGCUCAGGCUAAGAGCACAGACCAAACAACAACUCUUGGAAUAUAAGUCAAUGGUUGACGCAAAUGAAGAAAAAACGCCAGAACAAAUCAUGCAGGAAAAGCAAAUUGAAGCUAAAAUUGAAGAACUAGAAAAUGAAGUUGAAGAGGCAAAGAUUGCUUUUGAAAUGAAAAAGCUUGCAUUAGACAGGAUGCAGCUUUCAACUGCACUUAAAAAACACCUGGAGAAGACUGACAUCAAGACUAGUGUGCUCAUGGAUAACAUGAAACAAAUAUUAAAUCUGAAUAAAUUAAUAAUGAAAUCACAGCAGGAAACUUGGGAUUUGGAGGAAAAAUUGCUUGAUGUUAGAAGGAAGAGAUUGCAAUUAAAACAAGCUUCAGAAAGAAAGCUUUUAGAAAUACAGACUGAAAAGAACAAACAGAAAGAAGAUUUGGAUAGUAUGGAAAAUUCAGACAAAAUAAAGACCAUACAACAAAACCUGGAGAGAGAGAUACAGAUUACUACAGUUAUUCAAAAUGUGUUCCAGAACCUCAUUUUGGGGAGUAAAGUCAACUGGGCAGAGGAUCCUGCCCUCAAGGAAACUGUUCUGCAGCUUGAGAAGAAUCUCACCAUGAUCUAAUAGGAAUUCUAGUUCGACAUUUUUUGUUUCUGUUUUUAAUGUCAUUUAAAUAGAAAUUUCAAGUGAAAUGCUUUUCAGUGUUUUUGGAAUGAUUCUAAUACUGCAAUUAUUUUUUUUUAGCUUGAGUUACAUGUUACAUGGAAUCUGUUGUUUUAAAUAUAAUAAAGUGACUGGCAUAGUCUAAAUCUGAAAAUCUUAGCCUUGGAAGGGCCCCAAAAGACAUCUAGUCCAGCCUUCUACUGAAUAUGAACAUUUUUUCUACAACAUUCCUGGAAAUCCCAGCUCUCAUUUGGAAUACUUCUGUGUAUUUGUUGGUCAACAAAAUAUUAGAAAGUUAGAAAAGCAUAUCCACACACAUCUUUGGUUUUUUUUUUCAACUGUCAAUUGUAUUUUAUUCAGAUAAAUCUCAUUUUAGUUCAA